AUAUGACGACAAAUGGAUAUUCCCCGGUUGCAAUCAAAACCCGAAUGCUCUCUGAAUCCAAAGAUGCUUCUCUUGAUCUCUUCACCAUAAAAGUGCAGAGAUUGAUGCAGAUGAUGAACUGAUCAGUCUAUGCAAAAUCUCAAGCAAAGCUAUAUCUCGAGAUGGCAGCGGAGCCUCUCUCCAAUGGCGCCACCCACCUGUCGGUGCCUGCACGCUACAUACUCCCGGUGCACAACAGGCCGUCUUCGUCCGUGAAUGGCAAGGGGGCGCUGCCUGUGGUUGAUCUCGGUGGAGACGACGACGGCAGGAUCGCCGAGGAGAUCGUCCGUGCAGGGCGGGAGUUCGGUUUCUUCCAGGUGGUCAACCACGGCGUGCCGGAGGAGGUGAUGGGCGCCAUGAUGCGCGCCGCGGAGGAGUUCUUCGCACUGCCGGAGGACGAGAAGAUGGCGUACUACUCGAACGACGGCAAGAAGCUCCCGCGGUUCCACACGAGCCUCCGGAACGGCGCCGGCGAGGAGGUCCUGUACUGGCGGGACUGCCUGAAGCUCGGCUGCCACCCGCCGGACUGGCCGGACAAGCCCCGCGGGCUCGGGGCGGCGCUGGAGCCAUACACGGCAGCCGUGAGGGCAACGGCGCGGCGCGUUCUGCGUCUCGCCGCUGUCGGGCUGGGGCUCGAGGAGGAACACUUCGAUGGGUCGCUCAGCGGCGGUGGGAUGAUGAACGUGAACCACUACCCGCCGUGCCCGGAUCCGAGCCUCACCCUCGGCGCCGGGCCGCACUGCGACCCCGGCCUCGUCACCGUGCUCAUGGAGAACGUCGGCGGCGGCCUACAGAUGCUGCUCCACGGCGACGGUGACGCUGGGGGCGGCGGGAUGAUGUGGGUGGACGCCGACGCCGCGCCGGGGGCGCUGGUCCUCAACUUUGGGCAUCAGAUGGAGGUGGUGAGCAACGGGCGCCUGCGCAGUGCCGAGCACCGCGUGGUCACCAGCGCGCGCGCCGCGCGGACCUCGCUGGCCACGUUCGUGUGGCCCGAGCUGGGGUGCACUGUCGCGCCGGCGCCGGAGCUGGUGCUGGCCGCAGGCGAGGGGCCUCCAUAUAAGCCCCAUUCCUAUGGCGAAUUUCUCGGUGUGUACCUUGCCGAGGGUGGGGUCAGGGAAGCCGCCAUGGCGCAUCUCAAGCACUGAUCACCUGCCAGCUUAAUUUCCUGCACAUGCAUUUCUUCUUCCAGCAAAUUUGAGUAAAGGGUUUUCUUAUGGCGUCAGUAAAGUUCUUCCAAGUUGGUGUAAUGGUGGAUGCAAGUAUGUUUGUUUAGUGGAGAAUACUGGUAAUGGUUAUAUUCCUGUC